AUGUCUGCAUCAACUACUCCUUCCUCUUCCUCCUUUGAUCUUGGAACCAGAAAACGCGAUUUGGCCGUCCCCGAGAGCAAGGGAAAAGAGGAAGAAAAAGCAUCAUUACCAUUACUACUUCGAUUACCACCUGAAUUGAUCGAUCAUCUAUUAUCAUUAGUACCGGCAUCUUCAAGACAAGUAACAGCGUUAUCACUCACUAGAGUAUUCCCAUAUCAUGGUAUAUCACCCUCACACCUGUACACACAUCUAGUCAUAUAUCGUCCAGAACAAUUAUGGCCUUUAUGGAUGAAAUUGAAAUCCGAUAAUGGGAAAAAUCAAAUGUCAAUUGGCAUUAAAAGUUUAUCAAUGAAAUCAUGGAAAGGUGAUGCAGAUAUAUUGAAUAAUAUAUUAAGAUGUAUACCUUAUUCGACUUCGACCAUGGAUCAUUCCAACGAUGACGAUAACGAUGGUGUAGGUAACGCCAACAGGGGAAAGUCGCGAUUGGAAUCAAAAUUAAACACUUUGAUGUUGAAUAUUGGGACUAAUUUUUCACCUGAUCAUCUGGAAGAAAUGUUUGAAAAUCCAAGAUUGAAUUUAGAGAGAUUAGAGUUGAGAUUCAGACCUUAUGUUGAACAAGCUAGUUAUUAUCAAUUCUUAGCUGGGUCAUACUUUGACACGGCAGUGGAAACGUUAACCAAGAAAUGGCCUUCAAUACCUUCUUUCACACAUUUAUCAAUAGUUCAAGAUUUACCUCCACGCUCAACCGUUCCUCCUACAGCUCUAAACUCAACAUCCAAUUCAUUAGCAGGAUCUUUUGCUGAUCUAUCAUUAGCAACAAAGGCAGGUGGAGCAGGUGGAGGAGAAAAGGGAGAAACGAGUAAUCCAUCAUCUGAUUCAGAUGGUCAAUCAGGAAGAUCAACUCCAACUCCGCCAACAUCAAUUUCAUCCGUAUCAGAUAAUCCAACUGAUAUAGGUUUAUCAAAAGUUUAUACAGGUCACGGUCCAUUUGGUAAUCCGUUUUUGAAUGAAAAGUUAGGUAUAACAAAACCUAAAACAUUCGCUCAACCGAUAGUUUUCUUCGAUAUACAUUGUAUUGGGAAAUUCGGUGCUUCACCCGUUGCUGAAAACCUUACACAUCUUAGAUUGAGAGUACCUUCUCGAGAUUUGAUCAGAGUUUUGAUAACUCCUCCAAGAGCUUCACAACUAUUAUUUCCUUCAUUGAAAUACCUUGAUAUAUCAACGACAAAUGUCAGGAUAGAUACCAAUCUAUCAACAUUGUUAAGAUCCUACUCUCGUUUGGAACAUCUAGUAUUGGAUAGAGUGAACUUGUUUGGAUUCACAGCAAGAGACAGAGGACCUGAGUUGUGUCAUGAUUUAGGUGGACUAUUGAUAUCAGCAGGUUUGGCCAGAGGUAAAGAAAGAGAAAGACAAAUUGGAGCGUGGGAAUUAGAAGAAAGAACUCGACAUGCAGAAGCUGAAGCUGCUCAACGAAGAGCUCAACGAAUAGCUGCCGAACAAGAAAGUAGAGAGAACAAUGACGGGCCUUCGGCUGAGGUCUUAGCUGAAAUCGCUACUCGAGAAAGAAUAGAAGAGCAACAAAGACAAAUUGAAUUAGCCAGGUCGAGAAGAGGUCAUCGUUCAGCUGCACAGGCUACUUUCUCUUUACGUGAUAGAACGAGAAGAACAGGUGUUACCACCGCCAAUGGAUCGUCUUCAUCUCGAUUGAUAUUCGAUAUACCACCACCAGAUAAACUCUAUCUCGUCUUACCCGCUCUACCCAAUCUCAGAUCUAUAGCGAUAGGUGGCGAAGCUUCAGGUGUGUCGACUGCCAAAGCUUCCGAAUGGGAAGAACAGUUCCACACAGGUUGGAGAGAAGGUCUAGGUAGAGUCUUGGGGUGGGCAACCCAUGUAGCGGAAAAAUACGAAAGAGCAAGAAGAAAAGCUGAUGAAUGGAGAGCACAAGAAUCAAAAUCGUCAACGUCAUCUUCAAACAAUGGAUCUAGUGGAUCAAGUAAACAUGUAUCAAAGACAAAGAAUAAAGCUACCACUUCAUCAUCGUCAUCAAUGGCAAAUAUCAAAUCACCUACUAGACCACCAUUGGAUGUAAGAUUAUUUCGAUUUCCUUCUUCUUCGGAAGAGAUUACAGAAUGUUAUACGUCGAAUGAACCUGGACCACAUGAUCUUACAGCAGGACUUAUCGAGAUAGAUCCAUCAGAAACCAUACAUCGGGAAUAUCUUGAUACAUAUAAACAAGCAAUAGGAGAUGCUCAAUUAUAUGCCGACAAUGCUUCUUCAAGUGGUGGUGUCGAUGUCAAGCCACCGUGCGUUUUCUGCACAGUGCCGGAUUGUGAAGGACCUGCGAGAAGGGGUGCAGAAGGUGAAAGAGUCGAUGGAAGAGGUGGGAUGGGUGGCACGCAUAGACCGGGCUGUGGACAUUUGAUAGGAAGAAAAAUUUGGGGUUGGGAAGGAUUUAACGAAUAA